AUGGCCGGUCUCUUGAGACUAUGGCAUGACAAAUAUCAUCCACCACCGGAUCCGGCGGACGUUUCGUUCGAGGGGAAAACAGUCCUCGUCACUGGCGGCACCGCUGGCCUUGGAUUUGAGGCUUCGUUGAAGAUUCUGCGACAAGAUGUGUCUGUCCUGAUUAUUGCAUGCAGGGACCCGGGACGUGGUCGCGAAGCAAAGCAAACCCUGGAGCAACGUACCGGCAGGACUGGGGUUGUACAGCUCUGGCCACUGGACAUGAGCUCUUUCAAAAGCGUGCAAGAAUUUGCAUCUCGGGUCAACCGCGAGCUCCCCGCUCUUCAUGUUGCGCUUCUCAAUGCGGGCGUCAUGCAUCGUGAUUAUGUGUUGUCUUAUGAUGGCUGGGAAGAUACCCUUCAAGUGAACACGUUGUCGACAGCUCUACUUGCUCUUUUGCUGCUACCAAAACUCCGGGAAACUUCUUCGUCGCAGUAUCAGGCACACCUGACUAUCGUCUCGAGUGGAUCAGCGACUCGUGUCGCCGAAAAGGAUUUGCCGGCACCAGGCGAGCUCCUGAAGUACUUGACGCAACGCACUGGACCUCGACCUAGGAAACGAUAUCCUAUCUCCAAACUUCUCAUCGAGUAUGUGGCCAGAAACAUUGCCGAGAAGACACGAAAUCCAGAUGGCACCUUGCAGCUUAUUGUCAACACAGUCAAGCCGGGGUUCUGUGUUUCAUCCUUGGGCCGACAGUAUAAUCGCUGGUACGAGCGCUGGACGGCCAGCUUGUUUACCAAAAUAUUUGGUCGAUCUACAGAAGCCGGGAGCAGAGUUCUUGUUGGCGCAACAGUGCAGGGAGCCGAGUCUCAUGGUAAAACCUGGCAGGGCGAGGGAUAUAUGAGUGAAUCUGGCACCCUGCUCGACACAAAAGGAAAACAACUACAAAGCAGAACUUGGAGUGAAGUUGUCAAUGUUCUUAAGGAACAAUCACCUGAAUUGGCCGGUUUAAGUUUCCUUUAG